AUGUCAAUUAAACAGUGGAUUACGCCUCUCGAGGGGCUCGACAGCCUUCGCCAGAUUGAGGUGCCCUUGGGCGCGCCCGGCGCUGGCCAGGUUUUGGUGAAGAUUAACGCGGUGUCGCUGAAUUACCGCGAUGUGGAGGUGACCAAGGGAGAAUACAAGCACCACAAGACGGCCGAGCAGAAUGUGACUAUCGUUCCGUGCUCGGAUAUGUGCGGUGUCGUGGUGUCAGUAGGACCUGGUGUCACCAGCUGGAAGGAGGGAGAUCGCGUUCUGUCUACAUUCCUGCCCGAGCACCAGACGGGCCAGGUGACCGAGAAGGAGAUGGCGGGAAGCAUGGGUCUACCCCAGAAUGGAGUGCUGGCCACUCACCGCAUCUUCCCUGAGUACAGUCUUGUGAAGGCCCCGAGUUACAUGUCCGACGAGGAGGCGGCCACCUUGCCCAUUGCGGCGGUCACGGCGUGGAUGUCGAUCAACGGAAUGCGGCCGAUGAACCAGAGCGGUGGUCAGGGUGAAUAUGUUCUUCUUCAAGGCACUGGAGGUGUGGCAAUUUCAGGGUUGCAGAUUGCCAAAGCGGCGGGUGCUAAGGCUAUCAUCACUUCGUCCUCGGAUGACAAGUUAGAACAAGCGAAGAAGCUUGGCGCCGAUUUUACUAUUAAUUACCGCACCACACCCAACUGGGAGGAGAAGGUGAUGGAAUACACGCAAAAUCACGGCGCGGACAUCAUUCUUGAGACUGGCGGUGCGCAAACCCUGCGCAAGAGCUUUGAUUGUAUCGCCUUCGGCGGUCUGAUCGACUGCAUCGGCUACGUCUCGGGCAAGACAGAUCCUGCGGAUGACCGAAUGAACGUGAACCUUCUGGCGCUGCGCCGCAAUGUUACGCUGAAGGGGAUUAUCAACGGACCCAAGGAUCGAUUCGAGGAGAUGAUCCGUUUCUACGAGAAGCAUCAAGUGCAGCCUGUGGUGAACCGGGUCUUCUCCUUUGCGGAGGCCAAGGAGGCGUUCAAGUUCUUGGAGAGUGGCAGCCACUUUGGAAAGGUCGUGAUCAAGGUUCAGGAUUAA